AUGCUACUUAAGUAUGAUUUCAGAGUAGGUGAUAACCUUGUUAAGAGCCGUUACAUUAGGCAGGUUUAUGAAAAGGACCGCACGCACGAGAUACGUUCGAUUUUGAGGUUGAACGAUAGACAUUUUAACCUAACCUUCGCAUCAAAGAUGUCUGUAACAUUAGCCGCGCAAGUUUUCAGCAACCAUUGCGCUAGUGCAAUGUACACCCUGGUCACUUUUCAGGAGCUUCCCGCUGAGGCAAUUCAUACUGCCCGAUUUGUAGAAAGGAUAGAUCGCUUAUUUGACUGCCUUAACACUUCACGCAGGGUUGCAAAGACACCUUACGCAUCUUCGAUGUGCAAAGGCUCUGUUCACAGAGAGCUUCUGGAGGAAUGUAUUGCAGUCUUUGAAAGCCUGCAAGUAGUUGGCUGUCCAAGGCAGCCGCCUUGCAUACGCGGGUUCUGUUUAAGCAUGCGGUCUCUUUUAAUGCUCUUUGAUUAUCUCAGAAUUAAUUAUGGAUUCUCUUAUCUUCUGGCCAGACGAUUAAAUCAGGACGCACUUGAAAACAGCUUUUCCAUCAUCAGGUCCAAAUCAGGCGCUUUCAGACAUCUUUUGAUAAAUAACCUAUUCAAGCUGUCUGACAACUCUAACUGUGCCGAGGACAUGACAACGGUCUUGGCAACUCUUCCUGCUGGAGUUUCAGCACCGUCUCCCGCUCUUAGUAUCGGAAGCACAAUCCCGCCUAAUGUUACAUAUGAUUCUUCCUCAGAUGAACUUUCGGACGUAGAACAAAAUAACCUCGUUUAUUCUGCUGGUUGGUUAGCGGCAAAAUUUUUGAGGUUCCAUGCCUGCGUCGGAACAUCACAGAAAUGUCUUCUGAGGGUAGAAGAUGCGUCCUUUACUAAGGGCAACAAAGUUCUGCUUUGUUUAAGCGUAAAAGGUACUGCGGAAUCUGACUUUGGAAGCCUCUCAGUUCCUUCCCCUCCAUUCGUAUCUUUUGUUGAAAACUGCGAAAAUGUUUUUCAGGAAGGUAUCGGUAGCCUUUUCUCCAUGGAGAGAGUAGGACAUACGUUGUGUACACGUCUUCAUGAGAAGGUAGAAAAGACACUCACCGUUUGUGAAGAGGAUGUGUAUAACGCCUUGUUCUCUCUCUUUACCCGAGUCAGGUUGCAUUGGUUUGCACGAAAAAGAAAUGUUGAAUUUCAAUGUGCACAAGUGAAGCGUCAAGCUAAGCAACAAGUCCAAAGGCUAAGCAGAUGAAAUUUUCGAGGGUAUAUGCCAGGCGGUGAGUGUGGCUGUGAGUCUCCUCACAAAGAAGGCAAACACGUGUGAGAAAAAAAAGCUGAUUGGUAUAUAAAUGGAAGGAGUAACAUAGGAGUAACGUGAUAGCUGGUAUAUAAGUAGUAAAUUGUGCACUCUUUCUAUGCUUUUUCACAUACUAUCGGAUAGAAUACAUAUUCGGAGAUGUGGGCGAGCAAUCUGGUUCCGAAAAAGACAACUUCCUUUAAUGUCGACUUCCAUGUCCUCUGGCUUGUGGAGGUGGCGCUCCGUGGCGGUGAGGGACACAGGCUGUUCUUUCUUUCUUAUCCUGCCUUUCGCUUCUUAGCGCUGGCUUCGUGGCCUCACGCAAUCAUAGCUUUCCUGGUGCAUCAUUAUUUUUUGUUGUAGCAUUUAUGCGCAGUAAGGCUUGCACUAUAUCGUGCGGUGUUGUCACAGUAAACACGUAGACAUUUGCAUAUGUAAACGGAGCGAUAUCCUCUUCUGAAAAGAAGCAAAAUUUAACAAUGUGUACUUGGGGGUUCACCAGUGGUAAAGGAGAGAUACGGGGCAAUUUCUCCCUCUUCGUUUCUGUCCUGCCUUGCCAUUUUACCACUGCAUUUAUUUAAGUGACAAAUUUCCUUUCGUUUACAGAUGAGUGGUAGGGCGCGACGUGAUGCUCUCAUAGUGCUAGUGGCGUGACCACCAUUAACAUCGGCGGGUUGACUGAGGAGUAAAAUCUACGGCUGCUGCACUGCAAAACACGAUUUUGAAUUAACUCGAGUCAGUGGACAUUUAAUGUUUUUAUAAACUUCAUCUAAAGCAUUUUUGUACUGUUGUGAUGGAAGCUGGCGGAUAUAAAAAUGACUAGUGGAGUGAAUCUUGCUGCAGAAUAGUCCUUUUUUCUCGUAUACGCUCCUUAUUUUGCAUUGCGAUCACGACACGCUUCAUUUGCUGAUUGAUUGAUUGAUUGAUUGAUUGAUUGAUUGAUUGAUUGAUUGAUUGAUGACUGAGUGUCGGCAAUUCUGUCGCCGUCUUUUUAUAAGGCAUGUAAGUGUGAGUAAUGAGACAAAAACAGCAUAACUUGCUGAAAGCAACAACUCGGAGCUGCUUAUUUCGUCGGGGCUCGUGUUCUUCCGCCUGCUGUUAUUGGAGUGCACCAGCCUUCUUUUCAUUUCCCAUUACAAAAUCUUUAGGUGCGCUUUACAUUGCUGAUGAUGAUGAUGGAGGUGGUGCCCCCCCGAAAAAAAAUCCUGGGUACGUGCCUGGGUCGCACGCCUCUGGCGUCCACGAGGUGUCCAAGGACGGUGAUUUGGCGGCGAGCGAAGUGACAUUCUGACGAGUUCAACUGGAGACCGGCGUGGCGGAACACGUCAAGAAUCGCUGAAAGAUGGUCUAGAUGCGUGUCAAAUGUGGGCGAAUGAACGAUGGCGUCGUCCAGAUAGCACAAACAGGUGGACCACUUGAACCCCUGAAGCAAAGAGUCCAUCAUUCGUUCGAAGGUGGCGGGCGCGUUACAGAGACCGAAAGGCAUCACCUUGAACUGAUAAAGGCCGUCAGGGGUAACAAAUGCAGUCCUCUCUCGGUCCAUGUCGUCGACGGAUAUCUGCCAGUAGCCGGACCGUAAGUCGAUAGAAGAAAAAUUGGUGGCACCAUACAAGCAGUCUAGCGCGUCAUCAAUACGUGGCAAAGGGUAGACGUCCUUUUUUGUGAUUUUGUUCAGGUGGCGAUAAUCUACACAAAAACGCCACGUGCCAUCCUUCUUUUUGACAAGUACGACGGGAGAAGCCCAGGGACUACAGGAAGGCUCGAUAAUGUUGUUUACAAGCAUCUUUUUGACUUCCUGUUGGAUAACAGCUCGUUCGGACGCAGAAACACGAUAUGGACGUCGGUGAAUAGGGUUGGCAUCGCCAGUGUUUACGCGAUGGGUCACGAUGGACGUUUGACCUAAGGGUCGAUUGUCAAAGUCAAAAAUGUCGCGAUAGCCUUGAAGAACGCGGCAAAGAGCUUCAGCUUGAACAGGUGUAAGGUCAGAGGAAACCAUCUUCUCAAUGUCGACGUCAGUACCGUGCGAUGACGUCACGGUAUGGGCUGAGCUGUGACGAUCUUCCACUGUGAAUGGCUCGAUCUCAUCAUCCUGUAAAGCGCUGAUUAUAGCCAAUGAAAUCCCCUGAGGCAGAACUUGCGCGGUUAGCGCGAAAUUGACAAGGGGAAGGCAGGUGCGGUUGCCAGUAAUUGUCAGCACAGUGUGCGGCACGGUAACACCACGUGUAAGUGUAACUGCCGGAAUUGGUGCGACCACGUAAUUACCGUCAGGUACAGCUGGUGAGGACAACAAGUCGACGUGUGUCACAGAUUGAGGCGGUAGGCGAAUAAAAUCCAUGCAGCUCAAACGGCUUGGAGGCGGGGUCCACAUGGUCGGCAAGAAGAGGCAAGUCAAGGCGAAGUGAGCCGGCCGAACAGUCAAUAAGGGCAGAAUGAUUGGCAAGGAAAUCCAGACCGAGAAUGAGUUCGUGAGGGUAAUGCUGGAUGACGGUGAAGAGAACGAUGGUUUGUCUCUCAGCAAUGGUGAGGCGGGUAGAGCACAUGCCAACAAUAGCGACAGUCCCGUCGGCGACUUGUACAACUCGGUCCGGGGCGGGCGUCAGAACUUUCUUGAGCCGACGGCGAAGAACAGCACCCAUAAUGGACACAUGCACCCCGGUGUCAAUCAACGCGCACACAGGAACAUUGUCGAUAAGAACGUCCAAAUGAUUCUUGUUCGUGGAUAAAGUGAAGCGAGGAUUUCGUGCCAAUUUCGUCAUUGCAGCUUCACAUCCAGAAGCUGCACUGUCUAGUUUUUCAGUGGGGGGUGCGGCGAGUAGGUCGGAGAAGGAGCACGGCGAGACGGGGGCGAACGAGAUUGACGACGGGAGGGAGAAGGCGAGCGGGAGUAGCGGGGUCGUGUCAAAGGUGUCGCAGGCUCAGAUGAUGGAGCGGGCAUAGAAGGGGCGUAGGAAAAGGACGCGCUAGAGGGGCGAGGGUGGUAAUCAGGAGAACAGCGCACCGGAGAAGUCCAGCGGCUUAGGCAGUGGCGCGCGACAUGUCCUAUGCGUCGGCAGUAAAAACAGAUCGGCUUGUCGUCCACGGUUCGCCAUUCGGAGGGGUUGCGCUGUCCAUAAGAGGAGCAAGAAGGGCGCGGUGGGGACGCGCGUGGAGAAAGAGGUUCCGAGCCUACGGAACGAAUGGAUUGCAGGCCGACAUUGGACAACUCUUGACGGACGACGGCCUGGAUCAAGGAGAUUGUCACCGGAGAAUGAUCAGGUGACGGGAAUGAAAGGGCCGCCGGUUGUGCCACUUCGACCUCACGACGAAUGAUGCGGGUCAAGUUGUCAGGCUGGUGGAAGAGGUCGUCACAGGAUGACGUAGCAGCUGUGUUGGGAAGUCGCGUGAUGUGCUGGGAUAACCGGCGGCUUUUUUUUAGCAUGCUCAAGACGGCGGCACUCCUUGAGGAUGGUAUCGAUGCUGGUGACGUUCGUAAAUACCAGUAAAUUGAAGGCGUCGUCAGCAAUGCCUUUGAAGACGUGAUUAACCUUAUCGUCCUCAGACAUGGUCGGGUCAGCCUUGGCACAAAGGGCCAAGACGUCGAGAAUGUAGGACACGUAGGACUCGGUCGACGUCUGUACACGUGUGGCAAGGGCUUUCUUGGCAUUGACUUGACGACCGAAGGGAUUGCCAAAAAGGUCGCGGAGCUUCUCUUUGAAGAUAUCCCAGCUCGAGAUCUCCUCUUCGUGAGUCUGGAACCAUGCAAGUGGAGCUCCGUCGAGGUAGAAAAGAACGUUCGCAAGCAUAAUAGUCGGAUCCCACCUGUGACUGGUGCUGACACGUUCGUAUAAGCGGAGCCAGUCGUCAACAUCAGAACUGCCGACUCCGUUGAAAACACCAGGAUACCGAAGGGGGGAAACGGCGACGUAGGUCGGGGCUGCAGGCGGAGACGGUUGCGUCGAUGAAGUGCCGCCAGCAGGAGCCGAAGUUGCACUGUCGCCGUUGCGACCGCUGCGAAGCUCCAUGACAGGUACGGGGAACGUCCACCUCCACCAAAUUAAUGUUACGUGUAGCUGAUGUACAAGUCUAUUUACAACAUAUUUACAAGUAGGCCAACGGUGGCAAAGAUGUUGUUGUUGUUGUUGUCCUUAGUGGCCGUGGCACAUACCCACAGUGGGGGAUUGGCCAAGAAUCGGGCGGUUUAAUUAGGUGCCUAAAACUAAUAAUGAUAACAAGGGAGUUAACAAUUUGGGCGUGUGAGUUUAAAAGUAAACAUUUUGUGUUUGGAGAAAAAAGGAAAUAAUCAGAUGAAAACCGGGUAUAAGAUAAUAAUAAUAACAAUAAUAAUUAAUAAAAGAUAAGAAAAAAAAUUACCGACGAUUACGUUACUUCCUAAUGCGAAAUUUGAGCGCAGCAAAUACGCUGUUUCACCUUUUCGAUAGAUUGAGGCAAAGAAAUCGAGCAACACAUGUAUGCGCUAUCACAGAAUUUUUUUUUUUAUUUUUCACACGUAUUACUGCUGGUUGCUCUCGACGGCGGCGAUGAGCCUCCGCUUCGGCGGCGCGAACUGCAGGGUCUUCUCGGCGGCGGCGAUGAGCUUCUGCUUCAGCCUCGCUUACUGCUGGUUGCUCUCGACGGCGGCGAUGAGCCUCCGCUUCGGCGGCGCGAACGGCAGGGUCUUCUCGGCGGCGGCGCUUAGCCUCUGCUUCGGCGACGCGUACUCCUGGAUCAUCUCGACGGCGGCGACGGUAAGCUUCUGCUUCGGCGGCACGCACCUCUGGAU